GGGCCAGGAUGGAUUUCCAGCAGCUGGCUGACGUUGCGGAGAAAUGGUGCUCCCACACGCCCUUCGAGCUCAUCGCCACGGAGGAGACCGAGCGCAGGAUGGAUUUCUACGCCGACCCCGGCGUCUCCUUCUACGUCCUGUGUCCGGACAACGGCUGCGGGGACAAUUUUCACGUGUGGAGUGAGAGCGAGGACUGCCUGCCUUUCUUGCAGCUAGCACAGGAUUACAUCUCUUCCUGCGGCAAGAAGACGCUCCAGGAAGUCUUGGAAAAAGUCUUCAAGUCUUUCAGACCUUUACUGGGGCUUCCGGAUGCAGAUGACGACGCGUUGGAAGAGUACAGUGCAGACGUGGAAGAGGAGGAACCAGAAGCAGACCACCCCCAAAUGGGGGUCAGUCAGCAGUAAACUUGCCAGGGCGCUCAUCUGAGAAGGCGAGUGAGCCCCGUGGUACCCGAGGUGGGGUCAUGUGCUCCUGGGUUAGCAUUUUGCAUUAGUACUUCGAAACUGGACGUCUGACUCCCAGCAUCUAAAUUAAGAUGAAAUAACCUUUUCAGUGACCACAAAAUAUCUGGGAUGAGCGAUGCUCAGAAGUGACCUGAAUCUUACUCCCGUUUCAGUGGGUUUCUAUGGAGUUGUCUGGUCCCCUUGGCCAUUUUGAAUUUAGAGUCCAUUUCCUGGCUGACAGUUCUCUCUUGAGUUUAUGUUGGAGAACUAAACAUUCGCUGACUCGAAUGUAGAGAACUCUGAAUGUAUGAAGGAUAUGUUUUGAGUCCUCACAGGUGACGUGACUGAGGGAAAAAGCAUGGCAGAGAAGAAAUGCAGUCUGCACUUUUUAUGUACCUUGUAAGUGUCGUAAGUGAAAGGUUUUGCUUAUAAAGCAUGAGUUUUAAUAUCUAGUCAUUAAAUUGCACAAGUGCAAAUACAAGGGCAGAAAAAGAUAAUCACUUAGCUUUGGAUGAAGAGGGUAAAAGAGGCAAAGAAGCCUUUGUUUCACGUGUGCUGCCAUUAUCGAGUUACCUAGGUCUGUGGCCACUGGUUCAUGGUUAAGUGUAGACAUACUUGCAUGUUCAGUUAUUUUAAAACAUGCUAAUUCCAAAGCCACUUGUAAAGUCUUAAUAGUGGGAAAUCUAAAUGGGGUGACAUAAGUUAUCGGUUUCUUUAAAAUGUUUAUAAACCGUCCCAUAUAUGAAAUGAAACAUUUACCUUCUCUAUUUAUAAUGAGAUGGCAACUUAUUAAAAUCAUGAAAACAUCCAGAAUCCAAGUGCCACAUCAACUUUGAAGCCAUAGAUAAAUUUAAUGGGAAAAUAAACCAGGAUAAAAAAAUUUUGAGAAUAUGAUGGAAUCCUUCUUUACUUUCUUAAUCUGUCUUUUAUUCUUUAAAAAAAAAAAAGUCAAGAAAAGGAUCCCACUGUACGAUUUAUGAAAAAUUGUAAUCAAGUGCUUUGAGGAACCUAAUUGUGAAUUUUUAAAGCGAUACGAAAGUGGGAAUCUUUUCAUCGUGGGUUCACUUGGUUCAAAGGAGAAGUUUCAGUGAUCAGAAUUCUCAGACAACUCACAGGAACAACUGUUGUUAUCACUUGGCCAACAAAUGCUUGUAGGGGAAUCCUUUGCAUUGCUAACAUGGACUGAUUUAAAACAUGCAUUUUCUUGGACUGCUCUGCAUCUCUGGUUCUAACAAUGUAGGAUGCCGAAUGCCUCUCUUACUUCACUUGACUAAAUGUAGCAUCUGGGGUAGGAAUGUUUUUAACAUGCGUGCUCGUUGUCAGAGUUUUGGAUUAAAAAUAAAAAGCAGCAGCAGCAGAGGCCACAGAGCUUAUGGGAGUCUCGUGUAUCGUCCAGGCUUGGUGUAAACCCGAUUCUCUCAACAUUUUCUGUUUAAUUGGUCCUCUGAGGAGCGUGGCUGCACGUGGUCAAACUGUGUACUGCAGUUUUAAGUCAGUGGGUAAAACAAUAUAGUGAUUUCCAUUGGUGAUUUAGUACCCAUGUUUUUUCUUUUCUUGGAAAAACAUAUUCAAGGUUAAUUCCAAGUAAAAUGAAUUUCCUUCCAAGACGCCCAUUAAAACAAACCUUGAUAUUUUAUCCAGUGGGGCAAAUAUAUUCCGUGCUUUGUUCCCUCGCCUCUGUUCUGAUGGGCUCUGUACCUGAGCACAGGUGUUUGGGAAGCUGUACCUUCUAUAGAUAAUACUCUGGUUUGGUCACCUUUGAUUUAACACAAUAGGCCAAAAGAAUGACUUCUGGAACUGAAAUGAUGAAGCUUGACUAGCUUGCUCCAUUUAAAGGUAAACCGGAAUUUUAUACGCAGGGGCUUAAAACCUAAAUUCGCAUAUGUUUGAAAAUGAAAUGGACAUUAAUAUAAAAUGUAUUUUAUCAAAAAAGUGUUUAGGCUUUGACCGAAUGCUUUUCAGAAUUAUUAUGUUAAUGUUCUCUAUACCCAAACAUUGAGCUGAGGUAGGCUCACCAGUUCAGUGGGUUGAGGAGAAACUGGUCUUUUUUCGGCCCCAGGGGUAGGGGACAGCAUCGCCGUCUGUUACUUAUUUUCAUGGCAAAACUCCAAAAGGCAUUAGCAAAUCGGACCUUUUCCUCUAAAACUCCCUUUCUUGUGUGCGCAGCCCGCCAGUGCUCGCUGACACGUGCACACACGCUCGGGUCGUGAGUGGCACUGAGUUUGCGUAGAGCUUCCCUUCACCCGGUCGGUCAGUGAGUCAGGCAGCCUGUGGUUUCUGUUUCGGAAAAGGUUCCAUGGCUGGACCAGUCCUGACUUUAGCAGACAUAUAAACCCACUUACCAGGAGGCAGCGUUGCACAGGGGGAGGAGAAUCGACCCAGGUGGUGAGAGAGAUACCUGCGUUCUAGUGCUGACUCUGCCAGUGACCGCGGGACCUUGGGCAUGCCACUUAACUUCCCUGAAACGAAGGAUGUCUGCCCUUCCUGCUUUAACUACUGUUCUUCCAUAUCUGCCUUACGAUGUGUGUGGGUGUGAAGAGCAACAGUCGAGGAAGCCGUAACGGCGAUGAGAAGGAAAGACGUUUUGAAUCUCACUGUCGUAGGGUCCUGGCCACAGCAGUACCUGUUUCUGUUGGUCUAUGGGGGUCCAAACCCUCUGGGGCCUGAUCCUGAGGGGCUGAUGAAAUUCUCUUCCUUAAGUAGGAGGAUAAAGUCAGGCCCUAGAAGAUACAGAAAACCUACUUGUCUCAGUUGUACACGCACUGCCCAUGGAAGGCAUGGUUUUAUUUGUACCCUGACUGUGGCUUGGGAAGCGAAAUAAGUUUAACUUAACUGAGAGGGGAAAAUUUACAUGAAGAAUAACUGGAAGAGAGUGAAAGAUGAGCCAUCUCAUCUAGUAGAGAGAGAAUGCGUGAGGGGUGUGUGUGUGUGUGUGUGUGUGUGUGUGUGUGUGGGUGUGGGUGGGUGUGUGAAUAGGGGAGUGAUUGCUUGUUGAUCGCCGUGGGCCAGCUGUGAAAUCAUGCUUGUGAUAACAUUACGAAACCUUGAUCCUGGGUUUUGAGUGAAUGAAUCACAGAGACGUUUUCUGACUACUUGGUGACUUCUCUCUGCCUGGUAAUCAUACCGAGCAGGCUUCGGGGAAUCGGAGAGUGAAUGGGGGAGCCAGGGAGGGAGGUGAUAGCCCACGCAGUGCCGGCCACCACUCCGGAUUCAGUUAACACCGACGUGUCCGCUCCAGUCCCCAGGCUCAUGGCAGCAUGUGGUCCUUUUUGUUCUUCCAUGACUAGGACACAAAAAGUUUCUUCUUUAGGAAUUUGCCCUGGGCCCUGGUGCCAGAGUUAGAUUUCCAACGGACUUAAAUGAAAACCUCUCGUAGUUACGUCAUUUUUCACAUGUAAGCGGAAACCAUUCUCUAGGACAAUUGCAUCCCUAAAUACCGUUUCUGCUUUGUGAGAGCACAAAGUGUGUGGAUUUAAGGGAGCUGUGAUGCCAGCAUGUUAAAAUGGAGACAUCGGGAAACUGAUAUGGACAAAUCCGAUUUCUCAUGGGUCGAGAGGCAGGGAGGCGUAGGCGGGACUUAAUCUGGGGUGGGACGUGACGAGUAAGGGCGACUGGGAGAGUUAGCGUCAGAUCCUUAAAAAAAAUAAUAAAAUAAAAGCCCAGAGGCAGUUAUGAUGUAAGGUCCAGGAAAACUAUUUUCAUGGCUGGCUCACCAGGAGCCUGCUUUCCUCAGAGACUGCCCGCAUGUGGAGAAGCAAGGCCUGUCCUUGGAGUGGCUUUGAAAAUGCCCCCCAGCCAAGGAGACAGUGGGUGUCUCGCAAAUCUGGUGGAGUUCUUAUCCUGUAUGUAAAUCAGCUGUCAGCCGUAGAAGGCUGUCUUUCCAAAAUGCUGAGAGGUCUGAGAGGGACUGCAGUCACCUGGCAGGCUGACCGUGAACCAAGCUCCAUCUCGCCAUCGGCUGCAGAGGAGGCCGUGGGUCAGGAGUGCCCCGCCCAAGGGUCAGCGGGCAGAGCCCACCUACUCCACCGAGCUUCAGGGUUGUAGAAGGAGCACAGUUAAAACUCAAGUGGAUCACAGAUCCGUCUUCCCGAUAGUGAGUGCUAACUCCAGACAUGCUAUUGCCACUUGCUUAAUCUUCAGAUUACCAGAGAAGCCUACAGUUCUUUUGAAUUAAAAACUAAUCCUCUUCCGUAAAGAUGCAAUCCGUUACUUUGGUUUUGGGAUACCAGGUAUGACAUGAAAGGCCAAAGUCUUUUAGAUUUUAUACAGAGUAAUUGUAAAACUUGCCAGGAUGCCAGUAGCUUCUGGUGUCCAUGGCAACAUGGUGUCCAUGACAAAAUAUCUAUAGCUCAUGUUCAUUGGGCAGAUUGUUAAAUAAUAUAUUUUGUCUUUGAUAUUUUUAUUUAAAUUCGGAUUACAAAAAUAGAAGACCUGUGAACAUUUCAUAUUAGAAAGCCCAUCGAAAUCACUAAAGCUGUAGAGGCACAAGCAGUUAAAAGCAUGCAUCAGGCCACAUAAAAAUAUUUAAUUUACUGAGAACUGUGUAUGCACGUUGCUCAGUACCACAGAGAAAGCUGACAGUCUGUUCUUUAUAAAACCACGUUUCCCUGUUUUCUUCUUUUGUUUCAUUUCUGUUUAAGAUUUAUUUUUCCUUUAAGUACCUUCCGACAGCUAGGCAGAUGAAGAUGUGAAGCAGUACGCUGUACAAAUGUCAGCUUUUUAGGGGAGAAAGUAAAUCGUCAAUUCUAAAAAAAAAAAUCACACUAUCUGUGAACCAGUUUUCAUGUGUGCGUGAAAGCAGUUUGGCCAUCUACAUGAGAAGCAAAAGCAAGGAACAGUUUUGGGGGCGUUUUUUAGGCAAAAAAAAAAAAAAAAUGUUUCAUGCAGGGUGUGUAUGCUUUCUUUGCCUUUAUAUUUCUUUUCAAAGAAAUCUCUUGUAAAUGACAAAACUGUGAAAUGGGUUGCCAAAAAUUGUUGCCCUUUGUUAGAUGCUUCCAGCAGUGUAAAUCCUAAACUGAACCUUGUUCACAUCUGUUCCGUCCUCCCUCCCCCAAGAGUGAGGAUCUCAUCCAACGAUGUAAUUACCAUACGCUUGCUAUUAAAGAGCCUUCCAGA